AUGGAUCCGGCCCCGGAGAUGAAGAGGAAUAGGUUCCCCAGCAUGAACUUUGAAGCAGAGAUUCUGACAGCUCCACACGAUAAUUCAGAGCUAUAUGUGAUCCCUUCCAUGAGAAGUCUCACAGCUGAGGAGUAUGUAGAAGCCUUUAAGUCAUUUUUGGAUCAUUCAACAGAGCACCAGUGCAUGGAUGAGUUCAACAAGGAAGAACUGCCCAACAUCAUGGCUGGUCUCGGCAAUGGAAAAUCAACUAUAAAUGUUCUGGGAGUUGGAAGCGGCACAGGUGAACAGGAUUUGAAAAUGAUCAGGAUACUGCAGGCUGCGCACCCGGGGGUCCUCAUUGACAACGAAAUCAUAGAGCCCAACCCACAACACGUGGCAGCUUACAAAGAGUUGGUGAGUCAAGCUCCAGACCUGCAGAAUGUCUCCUUUAUUUGGCACCAGCUCACUUCCUCAGAGUAUGAACAACAGGUGAAAGAGAAAGGCGCACAUAAGAAAUACGACUUCAUCCAUAUGAUCCAGAUGCUGUACCGUGUGGAAGAUAUUCACAAUACUAUCAAGUUUUUCCACAGCUGCCUUGACCCUCAUGGUAAACUCUUGAUCAUAAUUUUAUCAGACAGUAGCGGAUGGGCCAAUUUAUGGAAGAAGUACAGAGACUGCUUGCCUUCCACCGACAGCGGCCACUAUGUCACUUCCAACGGCAUCACGGAUGUUUUGAAGAUACUGGGUGUUGAAUACCGCGUUUAUGAGUUCCCGUCAGGCUGGGAUAUCACCGAAUGCUUUAUUGAGGGGGACCCGGUUGGAGGCCACAUGAUGGAUUUCCUGACAGGGACAAAAAACUUCCUGGGCACAGCCCCCCCGGGGCUGCGGCGGCGGCUGCAGGAGGCUCUCUGCCAGCCCGAGUGCAGCAGCAACAAGGAUGGGAGGAUCAUCUUCAGCAACAACUUGAGUAUGAUUGUGGUUGAAUCCUAG